UUACUUGGUUUUACUUAUGCGUCAUUGUAUCGCAUAUUCGCAGACCACGUUGUGUUUUCCCUAUUCUCGACCUUUCUUCUUCAUCAGAAAUUACCGAUCACCAAAUCCGCCAUUUUUAUCAACGAUGAACUUAUGCAACAACUUCCAUGACCAGUUGCAGGUAUGAGCUUCUGGAAAGGAUUAAUCGACUCAUUCAGUUCUGUAUUUUCGAAUUCUGACCCGUUUAAUGAAUCGAACGGUAAAGGUAACCCUAAUUCUUCACUUGAUCGAAAGGGGGACUCAAUGGAAGUAGGUGUAGAUGGGAGUAAGGUUUCGAAUGAGAGAAUUGCUGGUAAAUUGAAAGGCUACUUUGAUUUGGCAAAGGAAGAAAUUGAUAAGGCUGUUAGAGCUGAAGAGUGGGGUUUAGUUGAUGAUGCUAUUUUACACUACAAAAAUGCCCAGCGUAUUCUUGCUGAAGGUGCUUCCACUCGCCCUCCGUCGUUUAUUUCGGUGAGUGAACAACAGAAAGUGAAUUCUUACCAUCAGAAGAUAUCGAAGUGGCAGGGCCACGUCUCUGAGAGACUACAAAUCUUGAGUGCAAGAAUAGGGGGCAAAACCACUGUCAAGAUUACUUCUUCACGUCCACAAACUGCUAAGGGCUUCUCAAAAUCAUCAAAUGUAACAAAGAGUGUUCAACAGACGCCCCCAAUUGUUACAAGAAGCAGUUCACUAGUUAGAGACCGAACAGAUAAAACUGGAGCAUCUAAAUCAAACCAAGAUACUGGUGGUUAUGAUGCCAAACUAGUUGAGAUGAUAAACACUAUAGUUGUGGAUAAAAGUCCUUCUGUUAAAUGGGAAGACGUAGCUGGUCUUGAUAAGGCAAAGCAAACGCUGUUUGAAAUGGUUAUAUUGCCCAGCAAAAGAAGAGAUUUGUUUACUGGCCUUAGGAGGCCCCCUCGAGGUCUACUUCUUUUUGGUCCACCGGGCAAUGGGAAAACAAUGCUUGCCAAAGCAGUUGCUUCAGAGUGCAAUGCUACAUUUUUUAAUGUGUCUGCAUCUACCCUAACAUCCAAGUGGGUCGGUGAAGGUGAAAAGCUUGUCCGGACACUCUUCAUGGUUGCUAUCUCGAGGCAGCCUUCUGUAAUUUUUAUGGAUGAGAUCGACAGCAUGAUGUCUACAAGGGAGGCUAACGAACAUGAUGCCAGUCGAAGGUUGAAGUCAGAGUUCCUUGUUCAAUUUGAUGGUGUCACCUCUAAUCCUGAUGAUCUAGUGAUAGUAAUUGGUGCAACUAAUAAACCACAAGAAUUGGAUGAUGCAGUUUUGAGGAGAUUGGUCAAGAGAAUAUACAUUCCAUUACCUGAUGAAAAUGUCAGGCGGCUUAUUCUUAAACAAAAACUGAAGGGCCAAGCAUUCUCUUUGCCUGGUCAGGAUUUAGAAAGGCUUGUGAGAGAAGCUGAGGGAUACUCUGGAAGUGAUCUGCAAGCCUUGUGUGAAGAAGCUGCCAUGAUGCCAAUAAGAGAGCUCGGUCCAAACAUACUCACAGUCAAGGCUAAUCAGGUCAGACCUCUGAGAUAUGAAGACUUUCGCAAUGCUAUGACCGUGAUUAGACCGAGCUUGUCAAAGAGCCGAUGGGAGGAACUUGAACGGUGGAACAAAGAUUUUGGAUCCAACUAACUAGACCAUCUUUUUAUGUUGGUUAAAUUGUAUUCUGCAGUCAAAAACAGAGAUUGAUCCAAACUGAAGCUGUGUUGAGACGGGGGAAUAACAUAAGAUUGGAUUCUUUCAUUGUUUAUGUUGAUUAUCUAUGUACAUCUUGUAAAUGAAUAAAUAUUAGUGGUUAAUAUAAAGAACUUGUGUUGAUUGGCA